ACCCAAGAUUCACGGGUACAACGGUGGUUCUUGGUGGAUCUUUGAACCUUAGACUUGGCACCUUCCAUACUUCAGAACUCACGGUACAAUCUGUUAAGACGAAAGGUCAUUGGCUAAAUGGCUAAAUUUCAUAAUUUUGAUUUUUGAACAAUUAAGCCCUGAUGCAUCGAACCGCUUAAUUGUCCCGGCUGAUGGCUUAUCUAUUAAUGUUAAAGAUGAAAAUCCAAUACUGAUAUUGAUGUUUGGAGAUGGAGUGAAAUUGUAACAAUUUUGUGUUCUUAUACCCCAAGUAAAAAGUAUGAGGAACUUGCGUGGAUAAAUGCCGACCUCAAACUACUGAUCCUCUCCCUCUCUUUCUCGCUUCUCUCCAUAGCAACGAGUCUGCUUCGCCUGUUGCUAUUCUUUCCUUCAUCAGUUUUUAAUGGCUUCUGCAGUUAAACCCAUCUUCAUCUUUCUUGUAUUUAUCUCAUUCCAUCUCUCCCUGAUGGCAUCAAAAUCCAAGGACCCAACUCCAGCAGCAUGGCCUCUCCAGUUCCACUCAAUUCUCUUCAUGAACAACAGCGGCACCCUCCAGAAAGUAGACCUCUGGUACGACUGGCCCAACGGCCGGAAUUUCAACAUUAUCCAGAACCAGCUGGGCAAGCUCGUUUACGACCUGGAAUGGGACAAUGGCACCUCCUAUAUCUACAGUCUGGACUCUGACAAGGAAUGCAGAGUCUUGCAUUUUCCUGUCGGCAUUCUCCGCCCGAAUUGGCUGGAUGGAGCCAAUUAUUUAGGCCAACAAGAAAAAGAUGGUUUCCUAUGCAAUGUGUGGGAGAAGGUCGACUUCAUUCGGUACUACGAGGAUGUCAUCACUAAGAGACCUGUUUACUGGGCGUUCUAUACAGGGUACACAGCUCAUGUUAUGACCUUUGAAGUGGGAGCAGUCCUGGGGGAUUCCCACUGGCAGGCACCUGUUUACUGUUUCGAGGAAGCUGAAGAGAAUAGGAAACCUGUGAUUGAAUCCGUGGGAUGGAGUGGUCAGCAAUGGAAGCUAAUGAAAGGGAUUCCUAGGGCUUCUAUGACACUAUGAUUUUUGUUCGUAUUAUGUAAUAGUAUGUUGCUGUAAGGUGGUGUUUAGUAUUUUAUAAUGUAAUAUGAUUAUAAGUAAUGUGAUUAUAAAUAAUAUGAUUA